CUGGCCUGCGCCUGCACUCGGCCCAACGGCGAAACUUUGCAGAGGCGGGCGUAAUGGACCCAACAAGCUCGCGUCGCUGUUCCCCUUAGCUAUUUCAUGAUGCCAAUACAGUGUUGUGGCAGAGCGUUGAGCAGCGCCGCAUUGUUCCUGUUGCUCUUGAUGGGCACCCGAAACUCGCGGACGUGUGGCGCAUCGACUGCCGGUCCUCGCGUCGUCGCCCUGCGGACGGGCGUAAUCCAACUCAGGUUCGUAGUAAACCCGUUGUAUGCGCACGAGAAUGUUUAAGACUGUCUGUCGCUCGAGGCGCAAACCCAACCGUCUUGGCAUUCAGCGCACGCACAUGUGUGUGCGCAGGAGCCACACGGAGCAGGCGGGAAUAGCGGGGCUAGCUGACAAUAUCACAAACAGUCCAUCGCGACGCUCGCUUGGUGGCGACGUGGCAAGGGGUCCCGAUCCUCGCGCCUUUGCUGCCUCGGCCUGGGGCAACGCGGCGACAGUUCAGGUGAGUGCCGAGUACCCGUGAUGGCGCGAACCGGCCCUGACCUUGCGUGACUCUGACACCGGCAAUCAUGCAAUCUUGGCAGUUGUACCUGUUCGGCUAUGACGAAGACAAUGGCGUCAUUGGUGACACACCAGCGGAGGUUGCAGCCGCAGCAGGGGUCGUCAACGCAGACGCCCUGCGUGCCGCGCUGGUGUCCUCGGGCGCCCGUGUGCUCUCCUACAUGCCCCCGAGCACUCUGCUGGUGGCGGCGACACCCCGCGUGGCGGCGGACUACGGACCCACCCACUGCUUGGCACCGGAGUGGCAGCCGCUGCUGCAACAGCUGGGGCCCGCCUCCGUCGCGUCCAAUUCCAGCGCCGCUGCGGCAGACGCGGCCGGGACCGGCACCAUUAGCCGGGACGCGCGACGCAGCCGGCAGCUGCAGCGGCAGCGCAACCAGCUGCUCCGCAACAUGGCCACGCUGGUGGCCGGCCCCGUUGACGGCACGGCCCCGCCGCCCCAGCAGCCUCCGCGCUACGGUGCCAUGGCGGAGCUACUAGGCGGCCUGUCGGACGCCGCCCUCAGUGCUGCAGAGAGGGACUGGCCGGGGGCUCUGGCCGCGGCCGUGGGAUCCACCGCCACGCCCACGGGCGCCGGCAGCGGCUGCUGGCCUGUGGUGCUGUCGAAGUCGGAUGAUGGCCCCGCUGCGGACGUGGCAGCAAAGAGGCUGAGCAGCCGGGCGGGGGCGGACAGCGACGCCAGCCAGGGGCUGCGGGUUUACCUGUGCGAGCAGGACCUGCCGGCAGGUGUGAUGUGGCUGGCGGCGCAGCCAGUGGUCCGCUGGGUGGAGCCGCAGCUGCGGCCGCAGAGCCGCAACGCCGUGUCGUCAAUCCUGUUGCAGACGGGCGGCAUGACGCAGGCGCAGUACGAUGACCCCAUGGCAGCCAGCAACCGGCCGUUCUGGGACGCCGGCCUGGAUGGGGAGGGCGAGGUGGUCGGGGUGGGUGACACCGGCCUCGACCUGGACCACUGCUUCUAUGCGGAUCCGCGCUUCAGCAAUUAUGCGGCGCUGCUGAAGGGCGCACCGCGCCGCUUCCGCACGCCCGCACACCGCAAGGUUGUGCAGUACGUGGUUUUCAAAGGGGCCAAGUUCGGCGACGACGGUGACGGCCACGGCACGCACGUGUGUGGAUCAGUGGCGGGCGCGGCCAUGCCUGUAGACGGCAACGGCACAUCUGACUUUGUGCUCCAGUUUGGCACUGGCGGCGCGCCGCGCGCCCGCCUCACCUUCAAUGACAUCGGCGGCACUGGCGGCAAUCUAAUCAACAUUGACAAUGUGGACGAGCUAUAUCUCCCGUUUCACAAGAACGUGGGCGCCGCUAUCACAAGCGACAGCUGGGGGCCGAUGUGGAGCAACUACGACGGCCUGGCUCGCCGCUUCGAUUCCUUCCUGUGGCGGAACCCCGACAUGACCUCAUUCAUCGCCGCUGGCAACUCCGGCGAUGACAACACGCGAGUGGGCGGCACAGUGGACUCACCCGCCAACGCCAAGAACGUCGUGGGUGUGGGUGUGGGUUACAAGUACCCCGCCGGCGUGUCCUUCGCCACCCUCCUCAAGAUCCGCGGCUACCAGCCCAGCAGCGCCGGUGACGUGCGACUGUUUGAUCUGGCGCUGCAACCGGCGGAGACCGGCGGGCUGCCGUACCUUAGCUCCGUGGUGUCCGCAACAAGCGAGACACUGGUGGGCGUGUCAACGCCCAUCGACGCCUGUGAGCCGCUGUACCCGGAGGCACUGGCGCAUGUCCCUGGGCGUGUGGUUUUGGUGUCGUACAGUGACCGCUGCGAUGUGGACACGCGCGCACGCAACCUGCAGGAUGCGGGCGCAGCUGCCAUGAUGAUGAUCCACCACAGUCCCAACAUGGAGUACACCGAGUCUCCACCGCUGUCCAACUCCGACGGACCGGCCAUCCGCAUCCCAGUGUCGUCCAUUCCCCAGGUGAUGGGUGGCUGGCUGGUGGGCAACGUCACGGCGGGCGUGGAGCUGAGGCUGACGUGGCAGGACUACCCGCAGUCGGUGGGUGACGUGGUGCGGUGGAGCGGUUACGGCCCCACCCGGGAUGGCCGCAUCAAGCCCGACGUCAUCGCGCCCGGCUACGACAUCGUUAGCGCCAAGGCUGUGGACGGUAUCACAGGUGGGCAGUGUAACGACGAGACGCAGGAAAUGAGCGGCACUUCCAUGGCCACACCACUGGCGGCCGGCUCGGCGGCCCUGCUGCGCCAAUACCUCAGGUCUGGCUUCUACCCGGGCGGCUGGCCCGACACGCAGGACUCGGCACCCUUCAAGCCGUCCGGCAUACUGGUCAAGGCCUUGGUCAUUGCGGGGGCCAAGUCGCUGCAGGGUGGCUGGGCGCUCCAGGUGGCACGGCUCCUGUCCACCGCCCCCGACUACUACCAGGGCUGGGGGCGCCUGAACCUGCUCACGACCCUGCCGCUGCGCCCGCCGCCCAGCAGCCCCGCCGCAGCCAGUCUGGCCGUCACGGGCGCCAGCGACGACCGUGUGCGGCUGCAGGUGGCUGACUAUGGGUCCUUCACGGAGACCGGUCAGGAGGAGGUGUUGCCCGGACUCACCGCCACUGGCACUGGGCCAAUCGCCAUCGUGCUCGUUUGGUACGACUACCCAGCCAACGAGAAUACCGACGGCUACAUUGUGAAUGAUCUGGACCUGUUGGUGACGGUGGCGGAGGCGGGCGGCACCGGCACAGAGCGGCGCGUGUGGGGCAACAACCCGGAGGAUGCAGCUGACCCGGUGCCAGACCGACUCAACACCGUUGAGCGGGUGUUGCUGACGGCGCCGCCGGCCGGCCUGCAGCUGACCAUCCGCGUGCGGGCGGCCAACCUGCCGUCGCGGCUGCUGAGCGGACCCGAUGCCGCGCUGCCGCAGCGCUGGGCGGUGGUGGCCCUCGGGCACCUGACUGGCACCUUGGAGACGCCGCUCAACCCAGCGUACGUCCUUACCAUGCCGAGCACACGCGCCAAGCCACCGCCACCCGCUGCCCGACCGACCGGCCCUCUGGACAGCCGUCCAGCCGACACCUCCCCAUCCGACCGGAGCCCAGCUGGCAGCCCUGCCCCUGCCCCCAUGCCCACGCCUGCCCCAGUUCUUUCGGACCUGCCGUUGCCCUCCGCUUCGCCUAAGCUCCCGCCAGCGGCAGCCUCACCCCCCAAGGGCGAUGUCGGCCCGGCGCCGAGUUACGCACCCUCACGCGAGCAGCAGCGUGUCAACACGCCGGAGGAAGAGACGCGGCCGAGCGCGGGCGAUGGGAAGCAGCAGGAGCAGCGCCUGACUCCUGUGGCCGACGUGUCGCCUGUUCCGGCAGAGGUCAGCAUGGUUCCAGGUGGCAGCGGGAAUGCGCCGGCACCUGAACGUGCCAGUUCCGGCACGGAUAGUGGCAGUGAUGGGAUAGGCGGCAGCAGCGGCAGCAGCAGCGGCAGCAGCAGCGGCAGCAGCAGCGGCAGCAGCAGCAAGGCGCCAGUGCUAGUGGCGGCAGUUGUAGCCGCAACCGCCUCAGUUGCCUUGAUAGCGGCAGUGGCAGUGGUGGUGUCGCGCUGGCGGCGCGCGACACUGCAAUCGAAUGUGAGGGUCGUCCCAGUGACGGCAGCAAUAGAACAAGGGCCGAUGAGCCUGCCCGAGGAGGGGGCUGGGCCGCCCACAAGGCCACCCCAGCCGGUCAUGAUGGGCGGUUGGGUGACCUUUGCCAGCGAGAGCGGCGGCUUGUAACGUGCUCGUGGAGAACGUAGGUUAUUCUUAUCGUGUGUUUUGUGUGUGUGUGUGUGUGUGUGUGUGUGUGUGUGUGUGUGUGUAUGCGCGCGCGUGAAUGAAACUUCAGCGUGCUUUUAUGCCUAGGCGCCGCUCGGCUGGAAGGAAGCCGGUGCCGGUGGCUUAGGCGUUUGUUUUGCAGGACUGGCGUGUUUUGCCGUUGGGGAUGCCCCUUCCAUCAUUUAUCGCUGCGCUCCAUUGCCGCUUUGUUGAUUAAUCAGGCCUUGCGUACGUGCAAUGGUCGAGUGGGUUGCUAUGCUGCAGGGGAGCCUCAUGGGCCGCAUGGACAGACCUUGGGAGUAUAUAUACGCGCCUGGUAAGCGUGCUUUGCACGGCGCUGCUGUAUAGCUGGUGACAAUGCAUGUUACGUGUGAUCAUACGCUGGAUGAACAAGCACGCAUCUGCUGACGUACAUCUGGCUAGACGCCAGGGAGGAGCGAGUUGAAGUGCAUGUACAUAGUAUGGUUGUAUAAUACAGUUAUGUCGCGGUGGUAGCUUGACAUAUGGUGACUCACGCACAUGGCCUGCCGGCUGCGGUAGUGAGACGGUUUCGAAUGUUAUUGUCUGAUGGAGGACUGGGGCGCACUGGGGCGCGGUAAGGAGCCUACCGGUAUAGGAAGGCCACUCAGGAAUUAAUGUUUGUAUGGGUCGUGCCUCAUGCCCUGGGGGCAUGGAUGCUUUUGGCCUGGAGCUAACACCAGUAGAGCCCAGCUGAGCCUGACUGAUGGCGGUGCUUCACUGCUUGACUGCUGGCAGCUGUGCGAUGAGGGGACGUGCGCAAUGCACUGGAAGGACAACAAAUUAUGCUUGACAACGGCGGGCCGCCUGCACAAGGCCGGCUCCUCUUAACCCAACGUUCCAACAACGUUCCAACAAGACCCCAAAAAAUAGAUUAACCUUCAUCCUGGGACAGCUCCAACUAACGCCCAACUAACGCCGAACGAACUCGUGCACGGCACCCCCACCCCCCUCAGCUGCGGUUGGGUGUCGGUAGCUGCCGCGGCUGGGAGCUGGUAGUUGUACGGUGGGCCGGCUGGGAAGCUGCCGAGCCUGGGGGCACGCACACAGGUCGUUGGCAUGAGUCGGGUAGCUGUACGGCUGGGAGCUGGAAGUUGCGCGGGAGACCCGCUGCGAAGCGACAUGAGUGCAUAGGUGUACGGCGGAGGUCAGGGGGUGGUGGCUGGCGGUUGGCGUGGCGCACGAGUGGGAGCUGGCAGUUGCAUGUGGUGCCGGCUGGGAAGCUGCGUGUGAGCUGCGUGUAAACUCAGAUGGGA